AUGGAAAGAAAUCACAUGGUAGCUAUCACAGUUAGUAGAGAGGAAGUGGAAUAUAGCACAAGCAAAACAUUCAUAGGAUUUUACAAAGACUUGAGGAAAAUAAAUAAGAUAAAAGAAAAUAUAGAAAAAGUAACUGGUGGACUGGAAAAUAAACAGAACCCUCCUUUUAAUAAUUCAGAUAUAGACAAUGAAUUAUCUCAGUUUUACAAAGAAAUUCAGGCACUUGAGAGUGAAAAAAAAAAGAUAUGGAAGCUAAGGAGGCUACUUAUUCUUUUAAGAUGUCUGCCUGUCUCAGGGAAAACAAUACUGUUCCAUAGGAAUAAACAUGGGGUAUCUCAUGAAAAGAUUGUGCAGAUGUUAAAUCAUCAUGAAUAUAAAACGUCCAUCUCUAUUGUAAUGAAUUCAGCAGAACCUCCACAUAGAAGGUCUGAGAGGAUCCAAAGAUAG